AUGAGUAAGUUUAUUAAAGAUGCCUCCAGAAUACGACACCCUGAGAGAAUCAUCUCUGAAGUGAAAGCCAAACAAAUAGAUGUCACAAAAACAGAAAAUAAGUUCGUACCCCUGAAAUAUAAAUCACCAAGCGAAUACUAUAAAAAAUAUACCAAACCAAGGUAUCAUGAAAACACCAUCCCUAAAGAUGCAUCAGAAAUCAAAGGAAUAGAUUCAAUGGCCUAUAAAUGGUUCUACAAGAAUAAGAUGCAAUUUACUAUGCCAAAAAUCUAUAAGGAUCCAUUCAUUGAAGUUACCCUUUAUCCUGAUUAUCAUUUCAUUUCAGGUGCCAGGAAAUCCAAUGUAGCCAUUGCCAGUUUCAAUACCGCUGUUCCUAUUCAGAAUGACUCCGAGAUAGAGAAAGGCAUUUUACAGUAUAAAGGGCAGUAUAAAAACAAUCGAUUCUUCCAGGAAAGACGAAACCCAUUUGAUACUGCAGUGGGAAGAUCGAAAUUCAGAAAAAUGUUCAAACAAUGGCUUGUGGAUGCCAUUCAAGACAAACCAAUUGACAAGUUCAGAGGUGUGUAUUUUGUUAAGGUAUAUAAGAUCCCAGAAUCUGAGCAAGACAAACAGAUUGUUUCGGAAGGAUUGAAAAAAAUGAAACUUCCUCCAAAACUCCAAGAAAUAAGUAAGAGGUUUAAGGGGAAAAUCGAUUCAAAGCCUUAUAAUACAUAUAAUGAAUGGGUGCUACCACUAAGUCAGGUAAAAACCCCAUUCAAGAAGUAA